AUGCUGGCCACUCUCUUCCUCAUUCCUUCAGCACAAGCAUCCGAAGGCGACCGAUCGCCCGAGUACCAGAUGUGCGUAGCCUCAUCCGUCGCUGAUGUUUGCAGAGACGGUGUCGACGAUGGCACCAUGUUCGCGCAUCGUCUGCCCUUCAUGCUCCGUUUCACGCGCUGGAGCUGCGAAGACGACUGCAAGUACCACUGCACCCACCGCAUCACCAACGAAGCCGCCGACCGUGUGCGCAAAAUCCAACACGAUGCACGUCUUGAGGUCGAGCGACUUGCCGCAGACCAACCUAUCUCCGCCUCGGCCAAGUCCGAACGCGUCAAGGGCAUCAUCGAGACCCAGAUGGCGGCGCUGCGACCCGUGCAGAAGCAGAUGGUGCAAUUCCACGGAAAGUGGGUCUUCAUCCGCUUCCUCGGUGCCCAGGAGCCGCUCUCGGUGCUGUUCAGCUUGAUGAACAUGAAGGUGCACUGGAAUGCGCUCUUCAUGAUGCGCAAGCAGCUGCCAGACGCCUUCCCGCUCAAGCUCGUCUACAUCGUCCACACGCUCAUCAGCAUGAACGCGUGGCUGUGGUCCGCCGUCUUCCACACGAGGGACAAGAACUGGACCGAGAAAUUCGACUACUUCAGCGCAGGGUCGGUCAUCAUGUCGGGCUUCUUCUUUACUGCUUGCCGGCUCUUCAGGAUCGCACCGGGCAGCAGCAGCUUUGUGCUCUUGCGGCGAGCGUGCAUGGGAGCGUUGGCGCUGCACUUUCUCUAUCUCAGCAUUGGGCGCUUCGACUACGCGUACAACAUGGCGGCGAACGUGGUUGUUGGGCUGAUUCACACGGUGCUCUGGCUGGUCUACUCGCUUCGACCCACAACAUUCCCGUCGAACCCACUGGUCGAUCGCACCGCCUACUCGCGCGCCGCCAUGCGGUCAUCCAAACCGAACCUUUCCGCUCUGUCCACCCCGACCCCGCUCAGCAAUGGUGCGCAAACCCCACCCGUGCCCGUCUCGACCAACAUCGGCCCGCCCAGCUCGCACGCCCACCAGCGCCGUCGCCUGCAACUUAUCCUCGGCCUCAUGUCCGCCUCAGUCCUGCUGGAGCUGCUCGACUUCCCGCCCAUUCUCCGCAUUCUCGACGCGCACGCUCUCUGGCACCUCGCCACGGUGCCCAUCACCAAGAUGUGGUACGACUGGCUAGUCAAUGACGCCCAGGAAUGCGUCAGCACGGGGUGGUGGCUCUCGGACCGUUCCGGUGCCGUGCAGGGGGGUCAGCUAACAUCGACGCUGGAGCAGUUGAGCGAGAAGUUGAGGGGCAGAGCAGCGAGUCUAGCGCAAAACAUCGAGUUGAAUGCGCUCACGAGCAAGUUGAAUGAGUUGGCGAACAAGGCUGGAUUCAGUGGGAGAGUGGGAAACGGGAAUGCAGGGGCGAAUGGAGGUGUGGGACUAGGGGUCAACGGGACCAGCGCGAUAGAGCUGGAGAUGGAACAGCAGGCGACCAACAGGAGCGGCAAGGCGGCGAGCACGGGAAUUGGUUUAGGGGCGACAGCGGCCGCGCCGCGCGAUGCGGCGGGCAGUAGCAGCAGCGGCAAGGCGAAAGAUUGGUAG